UUCAAAAUUACAAAAAUGUUAGAAGUUUGGAUUUGUUUUUGUCAGUUAUCCAACUAGGCUCUCUCUGCCACUAAAACCCCACCUGCAUCUCCCUCCUCCAUUGCUAGGGUUUAUCAAAUUCAAUUCUCUCCCUUUUCUCAUUCAGAUUCUUUUGCUUUACCAGUUCAUUAAUCACAGACAUAUAUUUAUAUAAACAGAAUAUCAACAUCAUUAUUGUUAGUAAUUAUAAAUGGCACUCCAAGUGGGGCUCUCCAGUCCAUUUCUUCUAUCCUCUUGCUCUGCUCACAGACUCAAUCCUCUUAUUUUCUCUCAGCGGCGUCGUUUCAUUCCUUUAUCCAAUUGGCGUUUCUACUGUCAAAGGCCUAGAUUUUUCGCAGUUGCAGCAUCAGAAAAUGGUGUAUUUACUUCUCCAGAGAUUGCAAAGUCCUUCGAUUUUUCUUCAGAGGAACGGAUAUACAAUUGGUGGGAGUCUCAAGGAUACUUUAAGCCAAAUUUUGAGCGUGGAAGUGAUCCUUUUGUGAUACCAAUGCCACCUCCUAAUGUUACUGGUUCACUGCAUAUGGGACAUGCAAUGUUUGUGACACUUGAGGAUAUCAUGGUUAGAUACAACCGGAUGAAGGGUAGACCAACACUGUGGCUUCCUGGAACUGAUCAUGCUGGUAUUGCAACACAGUUGGUUGUAGAAAAAAUGCUUGCUUCUGAAGGAAUAAAAAGGACUGAACUGGGCAGAGAAGAGUUCGUACAACGAGUCUGGGAAUGGAAAGAGAAGUAUGGUGGAACUAUCACAAAUCAGAUCAAGAGACUUGGUGCUUCCUGUGAUUGGACGAGAGAGCACUUUACCCUUGAUGAGCAGCUAAGUCGUGCAGUGGUUGAGGCCUUUAUCAGGCUUCAUGAGAAAGGUUUAAUCUAUCAAGGGUCUUACUUGGUUAAUUGGUCUCCUAAUCUGCAGACUGCUGUUUCAGACUUGGAAGUGGAAUAUUCUGAAGAACCUGGUACUCUAUAUCACAUCAAGUACCGCGUUGCUGGAGGUUCAAGGGGUGACUUUUUGACAGUAGCAACGACACGCCCCGAGACAUUAUUUGGUGAUGUCGCCAUUGCUGUGCAUCCUAAGGAUGAUCGUUAUUCUCAGUACAUAGGAAGAAUGGCAAUUGUACCUAUGACAUAUGGCCGCCAUGUUCCUAUUAUCUCUGACAGGCAUGUUGAUAAAGACUUUGGGACUGGUGUAUUGAAGAUAAGCCCUGGACAUGACCAUAAUGAUUACCUUCUUGCUAGAAAGCUGGGUCUCCCAAUACUUAAUGUGAUGAAUAAAGAUGGGACCCUUAAUGAGGUUGCUGGACUGUACUGUGGACUUGAUCGGUUUGAGGCUCGGAAGAAACUAUGGUCAGAUCUUGAGGAGACAGGUCUUGCAGUGAAAAAGGAGCCACACACUUUACGAGUUCCCAGAUCACAACGUGGUGGAGAAAUUAUUGAGCCAUUGGUAAGCAAGCAAUGGUUUGUAACCAUGGAGCCCUUGGCUGAGAAGGCCCUUCGUGCAGUUGAAAAAGGAGAAUUAAACAUUCUGCCUGAAAGGUUCGAGAAGAUUUAUAAUCACUGGCUAUCAAACAUCAAGGAUUGGUGUAUAAGCAGACAACUAUGGUGGGGACACCGCAUACCUGUUUGGUACAUUGAUGGAAAGAACUGUGAAGAAGAUUAUAUAGUUGCUAGAGAUGCUGAUGAAGCCCUUGCAAAAGCACAUGAGAAGUAUGGAAAAGAUGUAAACAUAUAUCAAGAUCCAGAUGUUCUUGACACAUGGUUUUCAAGUGCACUAUGGCCUUUCAGUACACUUGGGUGGCCGGAUGCAUCAUCAGAGGAUUUUAAGAAGUUUUAUCCAACAACCAUGCUUGAAACUGGGCAUGACAUUUUGUUCUUUUGGGUGGCAAGGAUGGUCAUGAUGGGAAUUGAAUUCACUGGGACUGUUCCAUUUUCAAAUGUUUAUCUUCAUGGGCUUAUCCGGGACUCACAAGGACGAAAAAUGUCUAAAACCCUAGGGAAUGUAAUAGAUCCCCUUGACACAAUCAAGGAUUUUGGCACUGAUGCUUUACGAUUUACUCUUGCUUUAGGAACUGCUGGGCAGGACCUUAACUUGUCUACUGAGAGGUUGACUGCCAACAAAGCCUUCACUAAUAAACUGUGGAAUGCUGGGAAGUUUAUAUUGCAAAAUUUGCCUAGGCAAACUGAUAAAUCUGCUUGGGAAACUGUGCUGGCUUAUGAGUUUGACAAAGAUGAGUCCUUCCUCAAGCUACCUUUGCCAGAAUGCUGGGUGGUCUCAAAACUUCAUUUACUAAUUGAUAUGGUCACCAUAAGCUAUGACAAGUACUACUUUGGAGAUGUUGGAAGAGAAACCUAUGAUUUCUUCUGGAGUGAUUUUGCUGAUUGGUAUAUAGAAGCGAGUAAAGCUCGUCUUUACCGUUCUGGAGGCGGUUCAGAUGCAUCAGUGGCACAGGCGGUUCUAUUAUAUGUUUUUGAAAAUGUAUUGAAGCUGCUACAUCCAUUCAUGCCAUUUGUCACUGAAGAACUCUGGCAGGCACUCCCACGACGCAAAGAAGCUCUUAUAGUAUCCUCUUGGCCCCAGAUUUCACUUCCACGGAAUGCUAAUACAAUUAAAAAAUUUGAAAAUUUCCAAGCAUUGACCAGAGCAAUCCGGAAUGCUAGAGCUGAGUACUCUGUUGAGCCAGCUAAACGUAUAUCUGCAUCUAUAGUAGCAAGUGAAGAAGUCAUCCAGUAUAUAUCUACAGAGAAGGAAGCCUUAGCUCUUCUAUCCAGGCUAGAUCUACAAAACGUUUUUUUCACAGAUUCUCCUCCAGGGGAUGCAAAUCAAUCAGUACACCUUGUUGCCAGCGAGGGACUAGAGGCAUAUCUUCCCUUAGCUGAUAUGGUUGAUAUAUCUGCUGAAGUUGACCGCCUUUCAAAGCGCCUUUCCAAGAUGCAAUCAGAGUAUGAUGGGCUUGUAGCUCGCCUCAAGUCUCCAAAAUUUGUAGAGAGAGCUCCCGAGGAUGUUGUUCGCGGGGUUCGAGAGAAAGCGAUAGAAGCAGAAGAGAAGAUAAACCUUACCAAGAACCGUUUAGCUCUCCUCAAGUCCUCAGUUUUGGUAUCUCAAUAGUCUUCUUAGUACUGGGUUGCAUUUUGUUCCCAAAAACUCCAGAUAUAUUAAUUCCAUGGAGUGUAUCUCAUGAUUGAUCCAGAUCCCUUCUGAUGUGAAGCCGUCUUAGAUCCACAUUCUUAUGUAUUAUUAAUGAACUAAUGGAAGGCAAUCAUUCAUAAUUGGUGGGCUAAAGGCAGGAGAGACGCAGUCCCAAUAUUAGGAGUUUUGCAGGAAUGGGCACUCUGCCUCGCUUAACAGAAAGGCUAGUAAGAACUACAUAAAUUUCAUGCGAGUAGGUGCUAUACUAACCACAGAUUCUUCAUGUCAGCUCAGUAAUGGAGGCCAUGGCCAUAUAAAUACAGUGUUAUUUUGCUCAGCAGCAGAUUUUCCUGUCAUCAUGGUCUGCCUCUACGAUGGAACUUUAUAUAUAUUUUUCCUUUCCCUGAAGAACAUUAACCAUAUUUUUGUAUUCUAUCUUCUUAGAGCUCUUCUUCUUGACCAGUUAUGUUUCCCAUGGAUAAAAAGAAAAUGAAUGGAGUGGCUGAGAGUAAUAUAAUUGAUUUCAAUCUAAUUUAUAAGAAAUAAGUUUAUUUUGCGAUUUUAUA